AUGGUUGCUCCUGGUACUGAAGACAUGAAGUAUGCAGACUACAGAAGCUUGCUGUGCAAAAGCCAGGAGUUCCGGAUCUUUGUGCGCGAUGUCCUGAAAACAGAGGAUAUCGGAACGUACAGCGAGGAGUAUUUCAAUUUCACCAAGAUGGUCAGGCCGGGACAGUACAUGGACAUUGAACAGUUCUUGGUCAGCGGCAUCAUGUCAAAAUGGGGUGAGACUGACUCCGGCGCCGAUCACAUCCCAUGCAUCGGUGACAAAGACAUCCAAACGGCAGUGGCUUUGACGAUCGAGGACUUCCCCACGAAGUAUCUGCGUGCCUGGGUGCUGCAAGCCGGCGACCCAUACAGGUGGUCCGAGGUCACCGAGCGCAUGGGUUCUGUAUCGGCGGCCCUGAUCUUUUCUGCUUUGCUCUGGAGCAUCAUCCUGAAUCUGAGCCUCGCCUUGGCUCCAGUGCGGGAGGACUCCUCGGGUGCGGCACUUGUUGCCUGGCUGAUGAUAGGGGGGCCUAUGAUGCUGAUCAACUACAUAUUCAUGGUGGUGGGCCUCAUCCUGUUCUUUGUCACCCACGGCCGCCAGCUGAUGGCCAUGAGCCCUUUUGCCGGUGCCACCGAGAGCAACACGGUAACGAUGUCCCUUUUUGGCCUCAUGCUGCCAGUCUUUGUUUUGGGCUUGCUCCUGGGCACUAUCUCCAAAGUCUGGGCCGAUUACACUGCACGGAAAGUUCCCAAGAUGGAGGCGGCCGAAUCGGAGAGGGUUGGAGACGAUGCCCCAGCUGCUGGGAAAGAGGGCGAGGCUGUGACGGCCGUGGCUGCCUGA